AUGGGUGGAAACGCCAAUAAUAUUGAAAGAAAUAACAACCCUAAUAGCGCAGCAAUGCCGGCUACUCCAAGAAUGUUAGGCCAAAAUUCCGGUAUUCCUUCCAAUACAAGAUCGCAGCAUAAUACCCCUCAGGUAAUAGUAACUCCCAACAACAACAAUAUACUUAAUACACCCGCCACAACUAUCACUUCCAAUACCAAGAAUACCAAUAGCGGGUUGAUGCCCCCUAUUUCUUUACCACCACAACAACAGCAAGAUACUCCUAUUAGUAAUAGCACCAGUAAAAGUAAUACUAUGGCUACGCCUCCUCGUGUGGUCCGUAAACAGCCUAAAGAGUUCCACAGAACUUCAUUGGGUGACUGGGAUUUUGUGGAAAAUAUCGGUUCAGGUUCUAUGGGCAAAGUCAAAGUGGCUAGGCAUAGGUACACUAAUGAAGUUUGUGCAAUCAAAAUCGUCACUAGAGCAGCCAAAACUUUUUUAUACAAGCAAGAAAAGUUACCACCACCAGUUACUAAGGAAGAAAAGCAAGAGUUUGAGAAAAAAUUACAAAAGGAAAUUAGUAGAGAUAAAAGAACCAUUAGAGAAGCUAGUCUAGGCCAAAUUUUAUAUCACCCCCAUAUUUGCCGUUUAUUCGAAAUGUGCACUAUGACCACUCAUUUUUAUAUGUUAUUUGAAUAUGUCAAAGGUGGUCAGUUGUUAGAUUAUAUUAUUCAACAUGGUUCGCUAAAGGAGAAACAUGCACGUAAGUUUGCUAGGGGUAUCGCAUCUGCUUUAGAAUAUUUGCACAUGAACAACAUUGUCCAUAGAGACUUAAAAAUUGAAAAUAUUAUGAUUUCUCAGUCUGGAGAAAUUAAGUUGAUCGAUUUUGGGUUGUCAAAUUUCUAUAAUAAAAAGGAAAAAUUGCAUACUUUUUGUGGGUCUCUAUAUUUUGCUGCGCCUGAAUUAUUGAUGGCUCAUCCCUACACAGGACCAGAAGUUGAUGUUUGGUCCUUUGGUGUGGUCUUAUAUGUUUUGGUGUGCGGUAAAGUGCCUUUUGAUGAUGAAAACGCCAAUGUUUUGCAUCAAAAAAUUAAGGAAGGAAAGGUUGAAUAUCCAAAUCAUUUGUCUAUCGAAGUUAUUGCAUUAUUAUCCAAAAUGUUGGUUGUGGAUCCAUCAAGAAGAGCCUCGUUAAAACAAGUUGUUAAUCACCAAUGGAUGAAUAAGAACUAUGAUUUUAUUGUCCCAUGCUAUUUGCCUCAUAGGUUACCACUAAGUCACAUAAAUCCUGUUGUUGUUAAAGAAAUGGGUAGGUUAGAAUUGGUUGAAGAUGUUCCUGAUGCAAUCAGGACUUUGGAAAAUUUGAUUUAUUCUCAAGAGUACAUGGAACUAUCUAGACAAUUUUGGAUGAUUAACAGGGAGAAUGUCAAUUCUGAUUUUUCCGGUGUAUUAGGUAGUGGCAAAAAUGAGAACACAUUUCAAUCAAAUAAUAACAGUGAUGUGUCUAUUGAAAGCCAAAGAUCUACUACCGUAAAUACUGUAAAUUUUAUAGAAAAUGAUCCCUCUCGAGCAUAUCAUCCAUUAAUUUCUAUUUACUAUUUAGUCGACGAAAUGAUGAAACGUAAACAAGCUAAAUUAAGAAGAAAAGCCGCAAUACUAAAACAGCAGCAAUUAGAGUCCCCAAGACAACCUAUUAUCACAUCUUCUUCAUUCCUACCACAACACUCGCCACAUCUUGUCACAAACACCAAUACCACAAACACAGUACCACCUAUAGUUACAGGAACAGUGGUUUCUAAGCCUACAAUUUUGCUUCCACCAAAUUUACCUGCUCCAGAGCAAGCCCAUGCUUCCACUAUUCCGUCGCCAACAAACAUUAGAAAGUCAUCGGAUAUUCGCUAUGUAAGUGGUAGUUCUAAUAAUGCCGAAGAUCGUAACAAUGAUACCAUUGUGAAUGAUAAGGAUACAGGGGUUGCAAGUGGUAGCACCGUUAAUGUUAUGGACAUUGAUGAUAAUAAUAGUAAUAACAAUAAUAAUAAUAAUACUAAGACCGGCACCGCUAAGGCCUCUAUCGCGACUAAUAAUCAUUUUAAUUCUAACAACAUAAAUACUGUAAUGUCUUCUUCAAGACAACAAUCCCCAAUACUGCCACCCACUUUACAAACAACAGAUUUGGAAGCCCAGAUUAAUAAUAACAACAAUAUUAAUAAUGGCGUUGAUGUUUUGCUGUCUCCGCAGGAAUAUGCUGGUGUCACACAAGAAUCUAAUAACAACAAUGGUGCCGAAAAAUCUAAGUUUGGCUCCUUGUUCAGAAGAUUUUCACAAAAACGUUAUCAACAACAACAGCAGCAGCAGCAACAGUCAUCUAAUGCAGCUACUUCUGCAACUAGUGCUACUAAUUCUCAACCGUUGCCUUCUGUAGAUGCAAAUUCUAGUACUGAUUAUCAACCAAUGAGAUGGAGAAGAUCACAUCAACGUACUGUUUCUGAAUAUGUCCCACCUUCGAGGAUACAUUCUUAUGGUAGUUCAUCAGUAACUUCAAGGCCUGUAGUUGAAACCAGUGUUAAGAAUGAGCCCAACACUGUUAAUACUAACAAUGAUGGCAAUUUGGCCAUUGAUCAAGAAACAAAUGAAAAUGGAGGAAAUUUACCCGCAUUACCACCAAACGCUGAUCUGAUGGUUAAACAACAGGAAUUAAAGGAAAGAUUUAAUAAGAUGAUUAGUAAUAAUGGAAGCACUAAUCAUACUUAUGAAAACGGCGCUGAUACUAACACUUUGAAACCUUUAAUGCUGCCUAAAAACACAGCAGCUACCGACCAAUCACCACCUAUGAGCAGGAAAAUGCAUCCUUCUGCUAGGGCUAAAUCUGUUGGUCACGUACGCCGUGAAAGUUUGAAUUUUGUUAGGCCUCCUGUUCCUGCUGCUUCUCUGUAUGGUGGAAACACCAUUAACAAUAGAAUUGUAGAUAUUGCUGUUAAUAACAAUAACGGAAGUGAUAACACUGGUUCUUCGGAUACUGUAAAGACUAGUAGUGCUGAUGCCAAUAAGUAUAACGGUGGUUCUGGUGCUUUUUCAUCAUUGUCCACAUAUACGAACAACGCCAACACCUUAUCAAAUUCUACUACUACGGCAGCUAAUAACAACAACAAUAAUAACAAUACCGGAUAUUACGCUGAUGAUGGAUAUUUACAAACCAAUGGUCAAAAGAAAGUUGAAUUUGAUAACGAUAAAUACGACUUGAACGAAGAACUGACUGAUUCACAAAUUUUACAACAAGCAUCACAGGCUCCACCAGGAUCGAUGCCAUCCAUUGAUUAUCCACGCUCACUAUUUUUGAAAGGGUUUUUUUCUGUACAAACUACCUCUUCCAAGCCGUUACCUAUUGUUAGACAUAAAAUUAUUACAACAUUAAAUAAAUUAAAUAUUAAAUUCAAAGAGGUAAAGGGUGGAUUUAUUUGUGUGCAUGAACAAUCCAUUCAGCCAUUAAAUGGAACAGGAAAUGAUACUAAUGUUGGUAGCUUUAUGACGGUAUCGCCUGAGGAACGUAAACCAUCUAUAAUAACUAUUGAUGAUAAUAAUAGCGGUGGCAGCGCUAAUUCAUCAUUUAUAGAAAAAUACACUGCCACCAAUAAUGCCGAUAAUAGUAGUGGCGCCGCCAAGAGAAGUACAAGCGUCAAUUAUCAUAAUAGCAACAAUAACAAUAGUAGUAAUGGAAGAACAUUAGCUACCAUACCAACCACACCAAAGGCAUCAUCUUCUAAACCUUUUAAUAAUAAUUACUAUUUAUCACCAUUACCUCAGCCACAUACAACUCUGCGUACUAAUACGCAACAUGUACCGGAUGAAUUGUCCACUGCAUCCUUAGAUGCUGAUGAACAAGCACAAUUACAAAAUAUGGAUGAUUUGUUAACUACUUCAAGGGCACAUAUUAUUAAUAACAAGGAAGGCGUAAGUGAAGAACAAGGAGAUCAGCAACAAAAAACGGAAGGCGAAUAUGAUAAUAACAAAGUUCCUAUUAAGAGGGAUGCAUCUAACGGUAUUUUUAGUAACAAUAGUAAUACAGCUAGUGAAGAGUUUGGGAAACAACCCUUGAAAUUUGAAAUCCAUAUUGUUAAAGUUCGGAUUAUCGGCUUAGCUGGUAUACAUUUUAAGAAAGUUUCUGGUAAUACUUGGAUGUAUAAAAAAUUGGCUACGCAUAUAUUGAAGGAAUUGAAUUUAUGA